AUGCGAUGCGCGAACAAGGCCGCCGAGAGCGCGUCUGCACGUCUCUGCGCUGGUCAUGAAGACACUCAUGUCUUCACAGAGUGUGAGCUCGGUGUCUCGUACUCUCCUGAUACGGAUGACGGAUCCGUAUCGACGGCGAUUGAAUCCAAGCCGCCUGCCAAGCGUGGCAUGGACGAUGCUAUGCGUCGUAGCAUCUUUGGUUCAUCUGAUGAAUCAGAUGAACCAUCGCCAAAGCGAAGGCGCUCGAGGUCGCGAGACUCGGGCGCUAAUAGUGGUGUCGGUUCUCCUAUGGACACCACUUCACAGCGAGGUGCCAGUACUUCUGUCGGCACAUCGCAGGAAGAGCGGGACCGCAAUGUCUUGCGUCUCGCUCCUGAGAAGAAGGCAUGGAUGCCUCCAAAAUUCCGUCAUGGAUCACUUGUCGGCGACGACGAGUGA